AUGAACGCCCCUCUCGCCGGACUCUGGCCCUGGCUCCCGCUGCUCUUGACCUGGCUCGCCCCCGAGGUCAGCUCCUCAUGGUGGUACAUGAGAGCCACCGGUGGCUCUUCCAGGGUGAUGUGUGACAACGUGCCAGGCUUGGUGAGCCGCCAGCGUCAGCUGUGCCACCGACACCCGGACGUGAUGCGUGCCAUUGGCCUGGGUGUGGCAGAGUGGACAGCAGAGUGCCAGCACCAGUUCCGACAGCACCGCUGGAACUGCCACACCCUGGACAGGGACCACAGCCUCUUUGGCAGAGUGCUGCUCCGAAGUAGUCGGGAAUCUGCCUUUGUUUACGCCAUCUCCUCAGCUGGAGUUGUGUUUGCCAUCACCAGGGCCUGUAGCCAAGGGGAGUUGAAAUCCUGUUCCUGUGAUCCAAAGAAGAAGGGCACUGCCAAGGACAGCAAGGGCACUUUCGAUUGGGGUGGCUGCAGUGAUAACAUUGACUAUGGGAUCAAAUUUGCCCGCGCAUUUGUGGAUGCCAAGGAGAGGAAAGGGAAGGAUGCCAGAGCCCUGAUGAAUCUUCACAACAACAGAGCCGGGAGGAAGGCAGUCAAGCGAUUCUUGAAGCAAGAGUGCAAGUGUCACGGUGUAAGCGGUUCAUGUACUCUGAGGACAUGCUGGCUGGCCAUGGCCGACUUCAGAAAAACAGGCGACUAUCUCUGGAGGAAAUACAGCGGGGCCAUCCAGGUCGUCAUGAACCAGGACGGCACCGGUUUCACUGUGGCCAACAAGAGGUUCAAGAAGCCAACGAAAAAUGACCUUGUAUAUUUUGAGAAUUCUCCAGACUACUGUAUCAGGGACCGAGACGCAGGCUCCCCAGGUACAGCAGGCCGAGUGUGCAACCUCACCUCCCGAGGCAUGGACAGCUGCGAAGUCAUGUGCUGUGGGAGAGGCUAUGACACCUCCCGCGUCACCCGGAUGACCAAGUGCGAGUGUAAGUUCCACUGGUGCUGCGCCGUGCGCUGUCAGGACUGCCUGGAGGCUCUGGAUGUGCACACGUGCAAGGCCCCCAAGAGUGCUGACUGGGCGGCUUCCACAUGA